AUGUCUUUUAUGGAAACAAUUGAAAAUGAAAUAUUAAUUAAAAUCAUCAGUUAUUUAUUACCUCAAGACCUUUACUCACUUACAUUAAUUAAUAAACGAUAUCGAUCAUUAUUAUGGUCAAUUUCACCUACAACUCAAACAAUUUGGAGAAAUUCUCGAACUCAAUAUUUAAAUUAUCCUUCUUUACCUCCGCCUCUUUGGAUGUCCGAACAAAAAUAUAUUUGGUUUACUUUAUUAGCUAGAUCAUGUCAAUUAUGUUCUGCACCUGUUAAUGCUCAAAAUAUUUUUCCAAAGAAUUGGGAAUUUGGAAUUAUUUGUUGUAAUAAAUGUUUUGAUCAAAAUACUAUCAGUGUUCAACGAUGUGUUGAUAAUGGAAAUGCUUUACGUAUUUUCUGGAGACAAGAUUUGGUAACGGCUGAACAGGAAUUCUUGUAUUUAUAUGAAAAUGUUCAAAGAAGUUGGGUCGAACAAAAGCAAAAAAGAGUUUUAGAAUUAAUGGAACAA